UUUUCUAAAGUACAAGUUGGUACUAGUUAAGAAAAACUUCAAAAUGAGCAGACUGGUCUUUACAAUUGGAGUUUUGGCUAUUUUGUGCUUUACACAAACGGAAGCCCAGGAGCCAAACACAUGUGAGAAUUACGUUUUCGACUCGUAUACGUACCAAGAGUGCCUCGAUUUGGGCGGUCAAUGUGUAGCGUUUGGGGAAUUUUGUCCCGACCCCGUUGGCGAUUAUGAUCUAGGAGAUUGUUGUACCGAUGCAUCAGGGAACCCCAUUGCAGAAGGAAGUACAACUCAAGGUUGCUGUGUUCCUCAGUAAAACACAAGUUUCAACACCUAUUGAUGAUUUGCAAAAAAAUGUGAUGAUAAAUGCACGGAAUAAACUAAUUAUAU